AUGAGCCAGCCACAGACAUGCCCUUUGGCUCCAAUCAGAGCUAGAAUUGCAGGCUUAGAGAGUCUGGUUCCCAACCACACACCGGGUGUGCCCUCCACAACAAGUGGUGGGACACUCACAAAAACAAAAAACAACACUGUUGGGUGCAGAAACGCCACACUUCGGUUGAAAAAAAGGCUUUUCAAGGACAAAGCGGAGAUCAAGCCAUGGCUUCAGGCACAGCUGGCACCAAAGGGCAUCACCAUAGUGAUUGCGAGGUCUGAUGAUUCAAAAAUCGUCUUCAAGUGCAAGUCUGAGUCCAGAUUCCACGGGCACACACAUAAGGGAUUGCGUCUGGGCACCAGAAAGGGCAAAAAGCACUGCUCUGGACCCGAGUACGCCGUGCACCCAGAAUGCCCCUUUCGGAUAAGGGCGAACUAUUCCGUUCGGGCGGGGACAUGGUCUCUGGUAAUUGUUAAUGACCGCCACAACCACCCCCUAGGCAAAAGUGGGGCUACGGGGUGCGAAACACCCCAUGGGGUGUCUGCCAGACACUCCGGUCUACCGUAUAUACAAAAUGUGCAGUCCAUAGAUUCCACACUGGGCCUUUCUGCCAAGAUCCCUGCUGCAAAGCUGCAGCUGCCGUUUGCCCGAGUUUCUAGCAUCCAAACUUCCGUUGUGCGGGAUGUGCAAGGUCGGCUGAACGGAUUGCCCGAAGUGCUGGGGGUGCCAAGCAAGAAAGAUACAGUACAAAGUAAGCAAAUUGCGGGUGUGUUAAGUGUGGGCAAUUCAAUUAAAGAUAUGCCAAGCAUUGGUAACACAAUUAAAGAUAUUCCAAGUAUAAACAACCCCAUUACAGGAAUAUCAAGUAGAACAAAGCCAACUGGUAUGCCCAUUGUGCAGACUUCACUUCCCAAGUUCAAGCUUCCUCCCCCAUCAAACCUCCUUUCUCCUCUGUAUGAUGCCAAAUUUGAGGUGAAUUCACACCAGCGGGUGAAGGUUCAAAUGCAGCAGCAGCCACAAGUGGAAUUUCAUGAAAAACACCAGUAUGAGCAAAAACUACAAAUGCAAACACAACCAAUGCACCCGCAAAUAAACCAACAAAUACAUCCACAAAUAAACUCGCACAUACAUCAUCUUCGCCAAGGCAGUGCUGCUACAUUUCCUCUUAUACCAUCUCCCGAAGCAAACCGAUCAGUUUCUCGUGGUUCUUCAUUUUCCUCUGCAUCUUCUUCCUUGAGCUCUUUUGCAGUGUCUUCUUCUCCUUUAACAGAAAGCCUCUGUAACGAAGAUCAACACAGAUUGAGCCAGAUGCACAUUCAGAUCAACAAUAUGUUGCUUGAGCUGAAUAAUUUACAGGGUGUCCCCGAAUCGACAAAAGAAGAAACUUGCCGUAGCAUCAUAAUGCUUCUCAAAAGCAGCAUUCGAAGCGGAUCAAGCAUGGCUGCACAAUCUAGUAUAUGGGAUGCAGGACGAAGUUAUACGGCUGGCCGGAUAGUUCUUCCCUCUAUAAACAGUGCCCUUUCAGCAGAUAGUACUUCUUUCAGGAGAAGUGUAUAA